AUGGCCGCACCUUGCAACCGACUGGCUGCAGCUUCAUUGCGAACGCUUGCUAAAUUUCCGAAUCAAUACUGUGCUCGAGUUGCCCAACCUCAUGUCGCAAUGACCUCAUGCUCGCGAUCGAGACUCUACUCCACCUCUACCGAUUCGUCUCGAUUCUCAUAUCAUGUCGCAUCUUCCUUCAUUGCAAAGGACAGACCAUACGAUCCUUCCAGUCACGUCUUUCACUUCAAUCCGUACAAUCGAAUUCAGCCUCCAAGAAACCGUCGACCUUCCGCCCGUCCCGAAUCUGGCCACGAUGCUUUCUUUGUCAGCCGGGUCAACGACUCUGGCUCGGUAGCUUUUGGCGUUGCUGAUGGUGUCGGGGGCUGGGUAGACUCUGGCGUUGAUCCUGCUGAUUUUUCCCACGGAUUCUGCGACUACAUGGCAUUGGCUGCCCACGAACACCAGACUAGCUCCGAACCUCCCUUAACGGCCAGACAAUUGAUGCAGAAGGGAUACGACGCAAUCUGCAACGACCGCAGUCUUCGCGCCGGUGGAAGCACGGCGUGCGUAGCUAUCGCAGGAGCUGAUGGAAAUUUGGAAGUUGCGAACCUUGGGGAUUCCGGCUUCCUGCAACUACGAUUGAACGGUGUUCACACCUAUUCAGAGCCUCAGACUCACGCAUUUAACACUCCUUUCCAACUAUCGCUUGUUCCUCCUAGCGUUGCUGCUCGUAUGGCGGCUUUCGGUGGCGCUCAGCUCAGCGACCUGCCCCGCGACGCUGACGUUACCCAACACUCACUCCGCCAUGGCGAUAUACUUGUUCUUGCAACCGACGGCGUUCUAGACAAUCUAUUUAACCAAGAUAUCCUCCGAAUUGCUAGCAGGGUUUUGGUUUCUACUGGGGCUUGGGUAAUGACAGAAGCUGGCGGUGUUCGUGUGGCAGAGUCACUGGAUCCUCUCGUUGAGCUCCGUGAUAACACUGAGGGCAAGCGAACAGUAACACUUCAGAGCGCACUUGCUACCGAGCUCGUGACAGCUGCCAAGCGAGCCAGUAUCAACUCGAAACUCGACGGCCCAUUUGCCAAGGAAGUUCACAAAUAUUAUCCCCAUGAGAACUGGCACGGCGGCAAAGUCGACGAUAUUUGUGUGGUGGUAGCUGUGGUCAAUGAGACUACUCCUGCUACGAAGAGCAAGCUAUGA